AGCGUUAUGAGCAGACUUCACCUCAUAUCUAAAAUUGACAGCCAGGUUUCCAACGUGCAUUUCAGCAGACCUUGUAUUAAUAUUCUUUUACUUGAUUCAUUCAUCUGAAGCCCAUCGUAAAGAACAUGGAUCUUCCUGAGCUCGACUUGCAAGGAGCACCUAUCCGCAGUCCGGAUUGUUGUUUAAGCCUUUCCUACAAAUUAUUCCGGAACCUAGUCAACGCAAUCCCCAACACCACGCUUUCGUUGGACCAUGCCAAACGUGAAACGCCAACUGUCCUUUCGAUUGGAAGCGGAUCCGGGCUACUGGAAGCUCUUUUCCUUGAUUAUAUAAACUCACAUCGCCAACGCGGUAGCUUUGGUCAUGCUAUGGUUAGCAUUGAAGGGGUUGAAGUCCAGCAACUUGGUAUGAGAGAGCAUGUCAACAGCUAUCUUCCAGAACAAGCCAUACACACUGUUCGUGGUAGUUGGGAUGUCACUUCGAGGCUGCAGGAUUCAGAUGUGUCAGCCCUGAUGUUCGUCUAUCCACGUCAACCUGCGUUAAUCUCGCAAUAUAUAAAGGUCAUCGCUGAGCAGGACCUAAAAGUCGAAGCCAUUGUGUGGCUGGGGCCUAUGGUCGACUGGGAGGUUUUUGAGCCUUGUUUCAACACCGGACAUGAAAGCUGCCAAUUUGUGGUUGUUGGGACGAAACAUGGUAGUGAAGCUGGGCUUGACGAGUAUGAGUCGAUGGCAGUGGCGAGGAGAACGGACUGCAAUUCUAUGAAAGACGCUUAUAAAGCCGGUUAAUGAGAGGUACUUUAGCCAGCAGAGCUUUUGGGCAGAAGUUGAGGAUGAUAGCUACUACUCGUCAUAAUAGACGGACAGAAGAGAGUGGAAGAGGCGAUAUAGCACACCAAAGGUGCCUUUUAGUGUGCUAUAUCCAUAUCUCGAUAUGAAGAAAUACAGUGGCUUGUUAUUCAUGCCUGCCUCAGUACCCAACUUAGUGUUGUUAAGCGGUUUGUUGCCCAAAUGGUGCAAUGGCAUCUGUUGCUAAUAAAGCAUUAAUUAGAUACCCUAUGCUUGUUCAGAUGUGACUGGCAUCUCUACCUACCUAUCAAUUGUGCUGCAAUAUAGGUAUAUGUAU